UUGAUAUCAAAUUUUUUGUAUUUAUUUUUGGCAGCAAAGGCUAUAUUUGGAGAGCAGGAAUGGUACUUCUUCAGCCCAAGAGACCGGAAGUACCCAAACGGGGCCCGACCCAAUCGGGCCGCGACAUCGGGCUACUGGAAAGCCACGGGCACCGACAAGCCCGUCUUGACAGCCGGUGGGACCCAAAAGGUCGGCGUGAAGAAGGCCCUCGUUUUCUACGGCGGAAAGCCGCCCAAAGGCAUCAAAACCAAUUGGAUCAUGCACGAGUACCGGCUGGCCGACGGCAAGGCCCAAAACAAUAAGCCACCGGGCUACGAUGUCGCCAAGAAGGGCUCUCUAAGGCUUGAUGAUUGGGUCUUGUGCCGAAUAUACAAGAAGAACAACACAGCUCAGAGGCCGUUGGAUCACGAGAGGGAUCCGACGAACGAGAUGGGUCUCGGGUCGAUCCAUGCGCUCAAGCCUUUGUCAAACUACGGCUCGUUUCUAGAAACCGAGCACGAUUUUUACGACCAACAAGGGAUGAUUUGCUCGUCCGGCUCGAAGGCACCAACACAGUCGUCAAUACAAUUCCCCUUCAUGGCCGCAGACCCCGCAGUCUUGUCCGGCAAGCGAACGAUGCAGAAUCUGUACUGGGGUGGGGACGAAAACGUAAAUUCAGCUCCCCAACAAACGAAGAGGUUCAUCGCGGAAAACUGUGAGGGGGGCUCGAAUAAUAAUUCGAUGGUCAACAACAUUCUGAGUCAGCUGCCUGCUCAGUCGCAGGUGGUGAUUGAGAACAAUAUUGGGGACGGGGUGUUUCGCCAGCCGUACCAAGUUUCGGGCAUGAAUUGGUACAAUUAACAUCGAUUUUUUGGUGUUAAGAAGCAUUAAUAUCGGUGUUUCAUCUCGUGUUCUGAGUAUUCUGAAUACACGUGGCAAGCGUGCACUGGCCAGUUUGGCCAGUGCAGACUUUGUCAUAUGACCAUGAUGAUGUUUUGGAAUAUGAGAUGGUAUGCUAUUUUUAAAGAUAGGAAAAAUUAUAACUAUUUUUAAGGGGAUUAGUUGAUACAAUGUGAUAUUAUGUGAGAUUUUGAUGCUAUAGGAAGAAUAUUUAUAUACAAGAAUUUUAUGAGGUGAUGCAUCUAUAUAUCUCUUGAAAGUAUAAGUAGAUAUAAGGGUUUUAGGAUAGAUGAGGGAGUAUAUACUUAUAUAUUAACCCCUUUUUUUCUUAAAUUUGGUGUUAUGUAUGUAUGUAAGAUUUGAUACACUAUAUAUGUACCUUUGCUCAUUGUAUAUGAAAAGUUAUAGGAAAAAAAAAUAAUAAAUUAUAA